AACAAGCCCGCUACAAGGCGUGGUAUCCUCUCUGUUGUUAGCUCAGUUUAUGAUCCACUUGGUUUUCUAGCACCUGCCUUACUGCCAGCAAAGCUUAUUCUAAGAGACUUAUGUAAAGAGAAAUUUGGGUGGGAUGAAGAAGUAGAAGUCAAACACAUUCAGAAAUGGAAAAAAUGGAUGGAUGAUUUGAAGUUACUUACAGACUAUAAAGUGAACAGAUGCUUCAAACCUACUGGGUUUGGAACCAUAAAGACAGCACAAAUGCACCAUUUUGCAGAUGCUAGUGAAGAUGGAUAUGGCACUGUCACUUACCUUGUGCUAACCAAUGAAGAGGGCAAAAAGCAUUGUUCAUUCCUGAUGGGCAAGUCAAGAGUUGCACCAUUGAAGCAGAUCACGAUUCCAAGAAUGGAGCUGACGGCAGCCGUCAUGGCAGUAAAAAUGGACAAAAUGCUUAAAGGUGAGCUUCAAAUGCCCUUACGAGAAUCUACAUUUUGGACUGACAGCACCACGGUGCUAAAAUACAUCUCAAAUGAAAGCACUCGAUUCAAGACCUUUGUUGCCAACAGAAUCUCCGUGAUCAGAGAUCAUUCACAACCUUCACAGUGGAGGUAUGUCACAUCUGUCCUUAAUCCGGCUGAUCAAGCUCUAGAGGGCUAA